CCAGCAAGCAUGGCCCAUUACAAGGGCGAGCAGGACGACUGGCUGAUCGUCUAUCUGAAGUAUUUACUCUUCGUUUUCAACUUCUUCUUCUGGGUGGGUGGCGCGGCCGUGCUGGCCGUGGGCGUGUGGACCCUGGUGGAGAAGAGUGGCUACCUGAGCAUCCUGGCCUCCAGCACCUUCGCCGCCUCUGCCUACAUCCUCAUCUUCGCAGGCGCUCUCGUCAUGGUGACAGGCUUCCUGGGCUUUGGCGCCAUCGUCCGCGAGCAGAGGAGCUGCCUGUCCACGUAUUUCUGCCUGUUGCUUGUCAUCUUCCUGGUCGAGCUGGUGGCAGGAGUCCUGGCCCACAUGUACUACCAGAAGCUGAGUGACGAGCUGAAGCAGCACUUGAAUCAGACUCUGACCCAGAGCUACGGGCAGCCCAGAGCAGCAGAGAUCACAGCCUCGGUGGACCGUCUGCAGCAGGACUUCAAGUGCUGCGGCAGCAACAGCUCGGCUGACUGGCAGCACAGCGCUUACGUCCUGUCUCGGGAAGCCGAGGGCCGCCUGGUGCCUGACAGCUGCUGCAAGACGGUGGUGGUACGCUGCGGCCAGCGGACUCACCCCUCCAACAUCUACAAGGUUGAGGGGGGCUGCAUCACCAAGCUGGAACAGUUCCUGGCCGACCACCUGCUCCUCAUGGGGGCAGUGGGCAUAGGCGUGGCCUGCCUGCAGAUCUGCGGGAUGAUUCUCACCUGCUGCUUGCAUCGGAGGCUUCAGAUGCAUUUUUACUAA